AGGUCAUAGUUCAAGGUCACUUGGGCAAAGUUAAUCUUUUAAUCUUUAUACUUUGUUUAUGACACUAUUAACCUAUAUAACUCGGAAUUAAACAAGGAGAUAGAUGAUUGAGGUCAGAGCCACUUGGUCAGAGGCCAAGGUCACAUUGUUUAUAGGAUCACUGAUUAACACUCUGUUUUAAGAUUGUGAAGAAAAUUUGGUCUUAAUUAAACAAAAAGGUAUCCUUUCAAUGAUCAAGGUUAUUUGGUCAAACGUAACUUGGUAUUUAGUUUUAAAGGUCAAGGCAAACGUCGAUCUAUGACUAUGAUCCUGGGUGCCGUUUCACAACGCACACGUAACUUUACGGGUACCCGUAAACCAUACGUAAGUUUUUUUAACCGUUUCACAACGUACACGUAAGUUACGGGUGCACGUAAAUAAGUUACGGGUACCCGUAAAUUACGUCAACAAAUACCUCCCGUAAACCACACGUAAGUUGUGUGAGCGUAACAAAUGUAAACAAAUAUGGCGGCCAUCGCACUUUUGUUGCACAGAGUUCAGCACCAGCGGGCAAUGAGGAGAGAGAGAGUGUUUCGUGACCGUCAUAAUUUGAUGGAAAUGCUUGAUGAUAUAUCUUUAGUUGAAAGAUAUCGGUUGCCGAGAAACGUAAUCACUGAUAUCCUCAAUACCAUUUCUCCGAACAUAUCUCCUCGCACCAAGCGUUCUCAUGCAGUGUCACCAGUUACACAGGUUCUCGUUGCAUUAAGAUAUUAUGCUAAAGGUGGGUUCUUGUCUGAAGUUGGCGACUUGCAUGGGGUCAGCAGGUCAACAGCAUGUCGAUGUAUUACAUCUGUUACAAAUCAGAUCUUUGAUCAUUAUGCUCAUUUGAUAACAUUACCGUCGUCUGCGGUAGAAAUCCGUGCUAUUAAGGAAGGAUUCCAUGGAAUUGCCGGAAUGCCGAAUGUUGUGGGGGCGAUCGACGGAACUCUGGUUCCUGUUCAAGCACCGAUCUUAGACGAACAUGUCUACGUUUGCAGAAAAGGAUACCAUGCCAUAAAUGUGCAAGCUAUUUGUACUCACUCCAUGAAAUUCAUUAAUGUCAUCUGCAAGUGGCCCGGAUCUGUCCAUGACAGUUUUAUUCUGACUAAUAGUGAAGUGGGUGAUAUCAUGGAACAGCAGAUGAAUGGGUGGCUGUUGGGCGACUCAGUGUACCCUUUGAGGCCAUGGCUUUUAACACCAGUUGGCAUUCCUACAACAAGAAAUGAAGAGAAGUACAACAGAUCUCACAUGAAGACAAGAAAUGUGGUUGAGAGAGCCUUUGGAAUGUUAAAGUCAAGAUUCAGAUGUCUACACAAGUCAACUGGAUGUAUUUUGUUCUCCCCAGCCAAAACAUGCCAGGUCAUUUAUGUUUGUUUUCUGUUGCACAAUAAGUGCAUUGAUCAUGCCGUCGACCCCCCAGAGAACUUCGAGGAACAAGAACCAGAUCAUGUACCGUACAAUGGUCAUCUGGAAGAUGGGCGUAAUGUCCGAUCAAACCUCAUCCAACAACGAUUUUAACUGUCAAUUAUCAUAUGAGCAUAUUCAACAAAAUAUUCAGAUCAACCUGUAUCAGACCAAGUCAAUUACUCUUGUGGUCACACGUGUAAUGUUCACAAUUGGAUAUUAAUAGGCUCAUCAGUUAUUUAUGAACUUGAGUUAAUAUGAAUAUACAUUAAUAUGUUUUCCGUAAGCACUUAGUAAUGCCAAAUUAUAGAUGUGUUUUAGCAGAGAAUAUUACAUUAAUAUUUUCAACAAGUCGAAAAGUUCCCAUACAAAAUGUUUAUGUUAAUUUUACUCACUACUUCCAGUUAUUUUUUAUCCCUUACAAAUCCCCAUAUAUUAACAUAUGACUUUUACACACACUGUGAUUCAGUGGUUGAACAUGAUGCAACAAGGAAGUUAUAGAAUGGCAGAAGGAUGCAGAUGGAUCUCAAUUUCAAGGUAUCUUAUUUGAUACAGCAGCCUAUACUAAUGACAUUGUCUACUUAAAUGAAAUUUAAUGAAAUAUUUAAAAAGUUUGAAGGUCAAGUGUGGUAAAAUAUUUGAUACAUAUAUCAUAUCUACAUCUAAAGAAAUUGAAUAAUAGGAGAAAGUGACAUAGGAGGUGAAUUUUGAAAUUUAUUUUGACACACCAAAGACUCUAAAAGUUUCAAACGUUGCUGCUCCAUCUCUAAUUUGCUUUUUUCUAUGUCCAGUCUCUCCCUUUCCACCUCCUUUCUUUCCUGCUCAAUGCUGAGUCUCUCCUUUUCAAGAUGAAGUCUUUCCUUCUCUAUUUCCAAUAAUGCUUUAUUCGAAUCUGAAACAUUAUUAUUAAAUUAAAUACCUCACCAAUUUGCCAUUGACAGUAAAACAACAUUAGUAUUAUGACCAGUGCCAUACAGUAGGAGGAUAUUAAAUGGUAGAUCAGUUUAAAAAUUUACUUCCAAAUACCUGGCAUUUGUCUGUAUAGUACUGAUCUUUUGGAUUCUGUAUUUUGAAGAAAACAUGGUCAACUUUAUAUAAUUUCAAUAUUUAUUCCUGGUACUGAUAGAUGAUGUUUGCUUUUAAACCACAACUAUUUGAUAUAUUGACCCCAGCUGGGACCUUGAGAGUAGGCCAAGUCAAUUCAUUAGAAUAUAAUUUACUUUGUAGUCUGUAAAGAGCCAUAUCUAUAACUAUUACAUCAGUCCAAAUGAGGAAACUGUUCAAGAUUUUAUUUUGAUAAUAAAGCUAAAAGCAUCAAAAUGAAAUCAUAUUGACCAAAGAUAUGCUCACAAGGUCCAAUGGUAAUAAAACAGCAAAUUAAGGACAAAAACUCUGUAAGUCAUGACCAAAUAGGUCCCAUUGUUGAACUUGUCGGGGAUCUUAUAAAUAUAAGGCUGUAUACCAAGUUUCAUGAAAUAUCUGUUCAUAUUUACUGAAGUUAUUAAGUUCACAAGGAAAAGUUACCAGAUAUGCACGGCCUUCGGCUCAGGUGAAAGAGCUGACAGAUGAGUAAUUGACUAAAAAUCUGACAGGUCAGUAAGGACUCUGUGUUGUGGGGAUUUUUCAUAUAUAUAUAAAGUUUGGUCCUUAAUUUGCUGUUUUAUUACCAUUGGACCUUGUGAGCAUAAUCAUCUGCUAAUAUUGCUGAGAUGUGACUUGUUGCCUUCCUUCAUAGUUGUUGGGUUAACAAAAAUGUAUAAAGGUCCGAAUCACAUUGUUUUCCCAUUGAAAAGUCUUCAUUAAAAUUCUGAAUCAAGUCACACAUCAGUGAAGAGGUACAAAUAUGACCUUGACUUUAUUUGUUGACCUUUGACUUAAUUACCUUGACUUUUGGUUAGUAGUCGCCUUGUUUAAUUUCUGAAUAACUUUGCUCCAUCAUGUCAUACAAAAUGUUCAUAAGUAAAAAUAUGCAAAAUGUGACCUUGACCUUUGACCUGAUGAGCUUGACCUUUGACCUUGACUUUUUAGCUGAAUGUGCAUUUUUGCAAUUAAACAUCUUAACCAAGUUUCAUGUGAAUCGGUCAAUGAUUUCCAAAGUAAUAGCCAGUAGUAAAGUUUGUGGACAGACAGACAUACAAAAUGAUUAUACAAUAGAGCACCCGUAUCUAAUGAGGAGCCAUAAUGAGCACAAGGCACCUGCAUCUCAUAAGAUACCUUCGCAGUGAUAUGUCUGAAGCCUUCUCCCUUUCUUCAACUUCACAUCAUGCUCGGCCUCUGUGCUGCUAGUGUCCUCAAAGUCAUCUAUAAAGGAAAUUACACAGGGCAAAUAGAGUGGAGUGUUUAUUCAAUUCAUGAAAACGUCAUGAUUGAAAAAAAUACUGAAACAAGAGGCCUACAUGUAUCACUCACCUGGCAUUAAUCUGAGAACUGGGUUGAAGGUGAAACAUCUUUGACUUCAAUGACCUUCAAUAUAUACUGAGGUUAUUCCUUUGAAUAUCAAUAUCAAUGUCCUAAGGUGACAGCCACUAACCCAAGCAUAUCAUUGACCAAAUGUUAUCACUCUUCAACUUUUUCAGUUUUCAUAAGAACUUGUUCAAUAUCUAAAAAUAAAUUUAACCCCUGUGACCCUGGAUGUAAGAUAAGAUUAUCUAUGUACACAACAUAAGCUGGUCUCUGGGCCUCUUGGUUCUAAAGAAGUUGUUUAAAUGAAAAGAUGACAACAACAGACAAUGAAUGCUGCACUUGCCAUAUAUACACGUAUAAGCCCACUUGGCCCCUUGGGCCAGACGGUUUUAGAAUAACAAUUGUGGAAGGCUGCUGUAUUUAACAUGGUUUAUAAUGAUUAAAGAGUAUAUGAAUAUGUGGUAAAUGGCAUGUUUACUUUUAAUGAAUAAAAUCAAAACAAUGCCUUACCACAUCACAACAUCAGAUGAAAGAUGAACGCAGGCCAUUUACCUUAAUAAAUUCAUAAACAAAAUGUCAGUCUAUGAUGCAGAAUAUAGGCAUUUCUAUUUUCAUUUUUAUCAAAGAGCAGGCCAGUGCAUUUCAGCUAUCCUUUUUUUAAUUAUUUAACCCAGAUCCCUUUUUUUACCUGAUGUAAAUGUUCUAGACAUUUUCUUCCUCUUCUGUCGAGGGUUGGUGACAUCAUCUAAUAAGACAUAACAUAUUGUCUGAGUAAACAAAUUGAUAUGAUGCAACCCAAUUAAAUGCAAUUACAUGAUCAUGAUGGCAGUGCCAGGAAUUUAAACAUGAAACAUAAUGCAAAUGUAAUUUAUUCAUAUCAGCUCUUAAGGAAAUCAAUUUACCAACUCAAAUUUUAUCAGAGACAUAAUUGUGCUUUUAACAAAGUAACUGUAGAAAUUAAAAGAACCAAACACCUACCAUUUGAAAAACACUCAGGAGUUGGUGCAGUUUCACUACUCUCAGAAGGCUCAAGUGGGAGCAUGGGGGUAUAUGGAGACUGACCUGUAAUUUCAAAUGUCUAUUUUUACAGAACAUUUCAAUAUAUACAUUCUAAUAGCCUCUUUGUUUCUACCAAAUUUAAUUCAUAUCUAUAGAAAUAAGUCUGAAUAACUUUAAAUUUGUAUAUUGUGCACAUGCAAUUUACUAACAAUCUAUCAAACAUUAAUCAAUUAAUUUAAGGAUAGUAACUGAUUAUCAAUUAACAUAUUCACAAAUCAGUUUACAUACCUAUAAGGGAUGGCUGUACUCCACCUUUUACUUCCCCAACUCUGUCUUUUAAGUGGCUGUUUCGCAAACCUGUUUGGGUGAAGUUUAUAUCAUUCUUCAGACAAUAUAUGAAAACAAAUAGUAAUUACGUACUUGUGUUCUUGAAUUUUGUUCCGCUAGUAAUUAAUUCUUUUUGCUCAUGCUGCAAUAAUUUUCCCAUUUGAGACCUACCUCUCAGUAGGAAAUAGUGAAUAUUUUGUUGAUUUGAUUGAUUUCUGAUUCAAUAAUAAUUCAUGACAUAUUCAAUUGAAAAAUGAAUUUAGGAUAUUAAGUCCACAUUCCACAUUUCCCAGGAAUGACCAAGAGCAUCAUGUAACAAGUUGCAGUGGUGUCCAUAUUAAAUAGACUUAAAAGUGUUAAUAACUGUCAUUUGUUAUCUAAUUACAACAACAUCAGUUUAAGGUAAUACAUACCAUUACUGUCAAUACCACCUUCAAUUCCAACAAUGGUACUCCUUGAAAUAAUACCCAGAAUCUGUUAUAAAUAGAAUGACAACAGCUCAAAGGUGUACAUUGACAAAUGCAUUAUAAUAAACAUGUAAUGAAAAGAGUAACUGUUCACUGUUUGAAGUUGAAAUGAGAAAUAUACAAAUGCCAAAAUUGCUUUGGGGAAAGUUCAACUUCAAUUUUGAAAAGCCCUACACAUUACUCAUUAGGAUUAACUGGUUUACCUACACCUGAUGUAUACAUAUAUAAACCCAUUCCAACUCCAAAGCUGUGAUCUCUCAGUAGUGAUCUCUACACAUUAUAUUAUCCUUGCAGAUUUCUUUUAUAUUUGAAUCAGUGCCAUGAUAUGUACCUGUUCCUGCAUUGCAGAGAGGGGUUUUGGGGCUGCACCACCACCAGUCCCUCUCUGGCUGGUUAUGCGAGCAGACUCCCUCUUCCUCGUGUCUCCCACCAUGUCCUGUCAUUUCUUUUUGAUUUCUUCCUUUGUCCUUAUAGUGCAGCUUAUUGCAUUGAUACUGUUCAUGAAAAGGGUACAAUGUGUGUUUAAGCCAAAACAAAUGUUGCAUGCUGGUUAUAUGGAUAUUUUUUUUUCUCAUUAGAAAAUUCAAAAGUCCAUUGCAGUGAUUUAAUAGAUUUUAUUGAUUGUGGAUUGACAUUGGAAACUUUCUUUGAGGUCAAAAACUGUCCAUACAUGUAGCUCUAUAUCAGUAUAUGGUUGGUAUAUAAACCUGUUAGAUAUCAACAGUCUGGUACCUGGGUUAGAAGGAACUCCAGCUUAUAAUUGAUGUUCUCCAAUAUGUUCCUUCCCUUUUCUAUAAUUAAUGUGUAUUUGUGAAAUUAUCUCUAGUUGGUGUCUCAUUACAAGACAUGUAUCUAUAAUGGCAUAUAUUUAAUAUAUAAAACAGUCAAAAAUUAUAUAAUUCUAAGUCAAUUAAUUUAUAAACUUUUACUGGUGUUCUUGUACCCAGAAUAAAAAUAUUAUUAUGGUAGCAUCUCAUGUGAAAGGUC